UUUCGUCCGUGUGUCGGUUAAGCUCUCCGCCGUCAUGGAGAACAUCAGUCCGUCCCUUUACUCGACGACGCCACGCCUCGACCUGCGCCGGCUCGCUGCUUCAUCCCACAACGACGCGGCAAGGAUGCUCAUUAGUCCACCGCCGGAGGAGGAGCUCAGGAUGAGCAGGAAUACGCCAAGGUCGGGCUCGCAAACGAAGAGGAAGAGACAGACGAAGCCGCCGCAACAGUCGACACCAAAUCCUAAACCACGGAAACAACUACGAAGUCGCACACCUAGUCCAUCACGUAUUCGUUCACCAUACAAGACAGUUUUGCUACAGUCGCCACACGCAAACAACCCCAAUGCCGACUACAUUAUUCCCACAGCCUACUCCCGCCGACGAAGUACCACUCCCGUUGUCGUUCCUUACGAGCCACCCACCGACAUCUUUACCUCACCGCGAGAGGUCGUCGUGUCGCCUGUCAUCCGUACACCUAAGCGACGUACAAAACUCGCCGUCACCGUCAAGAAAGAGCCUCCAGUAAUCGACCUUUCCGAACCUAUGCCCCCACCAAGUCCCACCGAUGAUCCUUUGCUGCUCAGUGCGCCACCGAAGGAAAUUCUACCCCGCAGGUCGGUAACGAAGCCACGCUGGAGUCUUCCACCGUCGUCACCACAGCAGUCAAGUUCUAGUCCACCCAAUGAAGCUCCCUCCUACUUCCAGUUCGAUCCACCUCCGGACACGUCCUUGGACAUGGACGUCGAUGAGCCAUUCAAUAACAUCCUCUUUGGAGAUAAUUUCGGUGGCGAUGGCUGGAGCGACAGCGACGAUGACGACGUCGAGAUGCAAGGUCAGGGCGAAUACACAGGCAAAUGGAAAAUGAAGGUUGUCAAAACCAAGAAUGAUCCCCCCAGCAGCGCUACCCGAACUAGGAUGGAACAUUGGGGACGUCCCAUUAGUCCUCAUCCCUGCAGGAGACAGCGUGUCAGCUGCGUGGUUGAAGAAGAAGACGACGACAAUGAGGCCGAAGAACCUGUCAUUCUCAAGAAAGCCACCCUGCAGCAACGCCAAAAUGACAAUGCUCUCUGUGAUCCGCUGCCGUCUAUUGACGACGACGACAAGGGGGCAGCCGAAAAGAACAAACUUGGACUAAUUUCCGUCGGGAUCGAGAACGAGGGUCAGGACCCUGACAACAGCCAAGAUAACGCGUCCCAGGCGAUGCAGAUUAACCAGGAGGAUCAGGAUCAGCAAGAAGAACGUGAGGUCAGGGAGAUGUCCAUUGGGCCAGACCAAGAUGAGCCCUCAGUCGAAUCAGCCGCGAGUGAGCCACCCAACAACGAUGCAGAAAAGGAGAGCCAGGCCAGGGAAAUGUUAAUUGAAAGAGACGUUCCCGCUCCUCCAGAACCCGUCGUCGAACCUGUUCCUGCCACGGUUAGUGUUUCCGAAGAGCGCCAUGUUGAACCUGAAAUUCCAGUCGCGGAAAUGGGUCCUAAUUCAACACCGGUAGAGGAGGACCCUGAUGUUGAGGACCAAGUUGACGAAGCAAUGGAUGAUUCUGAUACUAGCGACGAGGAGAUUGAUAUGGGUGUCAUCAAGAUCACCAGUAGCGAUCCUCGGGCUGCUGCGCGGGCAGCCGCCAUCCUCAAACAGCAUGAUUACGAAUGUUAUACAAAGGCCAAAUUACUCAUGAAGGAACGCGAUAGAAAGAGACGACGUAAGACCAUGGAUGGAGGCAUUGCGAAGAGCUCACCCGUACGCUUGGGAGGUGCAUUCGUGACUCCGGUCAAGGGUCGCAGGAGAGAAACGCUAGGUGGAGUUAUUGGAGAUCGGGUGUACAUUCCUGGAAGCCCCGUCAUGACUUUAGAAGGUCUCUUGCAACAAGCAGAGGUGCAGGUCGCGAGCGCGAAGAAGCCUACUUCCAGCAAAUUAUCAACAGAGGAGCCAUCAGCCACUGCUAAGCUAUCAAAUGUCUGGACCAAGGACGAGUGGAAGCUGCUGGACAUGUGCUUCACGGAGGAGAGAUACGAGGUUGGGGGUGGGAACAUUAUGGCUGAAGUCGAUGAUGUGGACAUUGAUGCUGUCGUAUGGCGAUUUUUGGAAUUGACGCCUGAUGGCCGGUGGACCAGGGACGAGCUGGAACACAGGUCACGGGCGAUAGCGAAGAAGCAGCGCUCUGGGAAUGCUGCUCCACCUCUGACCCCGCGGGCGAGUCCAGUAGAGUGGGAGUCACCCGCGACGACCAAUCCGUUAGAGAGAUGGGGUCGUCGGGCAAGCAUGGACGUCCCGGACUUUACUCCUUUGGGGAGGAGAGCGAUGCCUCCUGCACGAGUUAGGAAGUCUCAGGCUGCGCUCAAGAUGCCGACUCCAUCCUUCAGGUUGCCGGAACCUAUCUCGACGGGAGCUCUUUUCCAGACUUUGGAUCGUCAAACGGUGGAGAAGUCACCAAGGAAGGUUCCGCCGUUACUUUUCGCUCCACGAUACUCGCAUUUGCUGGAGGAGGCACAGGCGGUUAGUCGGGUGCCGCCCAAGCCCGAGGUCGUGGCUGAACAGGAACAGGAACAACAGAAAAUGAUCGAAGACGAGUCUGCGGAUAACAGUAUUGACGAAUCGGCAAAUGCGAGCACGGAUCAAUCGGUGACCGACGCCAGUAUCGACGAAAGCGUAGACGAUAGCAGAGAAGAAGCGUUUCCCCAAACUCCGGCAUAUAAACGACUUGAUGCUCCUGUGGCUGCGCCGCGUACGAGCAUUGGUGGCCGGGUCAAAGGAUUCCUAUUUUCCUACCUUCCGACGAUGAACAAGACGGCGCCUGUUUCCAAGCGUUCUAACCCCUUCCUGGGCAAGAACCAGCUCCCACUUCCACCGCUUGAACUGCUCGAGAAACCUCGCGGACCUAUUACGACACCGGUUCGCGAGCCUGCGCCCAAGCAGAAGCAUCCCAAGGAGCUGGUGGACUUGAAUCAUAUUCCGAUCAAACCAAAGUCGAUGAUACCGAAGAGGAUACCGCCAAAGAGACUGGUGGAACUGACUCACGUCAGCCCAGAGAAGCCGGCUGAACCUGUCCGUGUGAGGCAACGGACGAGUAGUGGAGGGAGUGUCAAGGAUCUUGUAAAGGGCUUCGAGGCGAUGGAGAAAGAAAAGAAGACGACUGGCGCGGGUGAGUUGAGAAGGGUGAGAAGUGUUAAUGAUACGCGAUCUAGGGUUCAGACGCAAGCGCGACCCAAAUGGAGGCCUUGAAGGUCCAGUUUUUCGCAUUUUGUAUGAGUUAUGGAUGUUAUGAUAGAAUGGCUAAGUAAAGAUUUAUGAUAUAUGCCCAAGCUUUCUUGUGUUUAUUAUACUGUAUAUAUGCUGUGUUAACAGUUGUUGAUUUUACUCUUCCGCUUUGCGCAACGCCUACGGUUUCAUGAAAAAUCUAAUGUAUUGAGAUGGGUACGCGUAAUGUAAAUGCAAUAGACGUCCUUUACUUCGC